GCAGGUGCCCUUGAGACUCCUGCAGGUUCGAGAAAGCAUGACAUGCUCCCAGAAUCCUGGAUUUGGACUUCAUUCUGGACAGCAUAUGACAAGGACGAGGACCCCUAUUCUAGCCAGUUAAAGCUGGACAGAAUUUUUAAAAGCAAUGAAGCCGGUUCCUUGGAUAUAUCCACGGGUUUUGCUUUGAGAAGGAAUUAGGCAGUGAGAAGAGCUGAGUGAAGCCUGGCCCGUGAGUGCCUCAACAACUGAGAUGAACAUCGACUCACUUGCAGCUCAGCAGCGAUCUGGACUAUAUCCUGGGUUCCAGAAAAGGCAGAGGUUCUUACCGAAAGCAGGGGAGGAAGCUGCAGCCCAGGGAGGUCGUCACUUGCCGGGAAGGUGGCUCGGGCCAGGCUGCACUCAAAACACGUGCUCUGUCCACACUGCUACGGGGCCAGAGCCAAGGAAGCUUCCACUUCUUCCCUCAGACAGCCCCGACAGCGGCUACCCCAAGGAGCCAGCAGCCUUGUGUCCUGGGAUCCCCAGCCCCUGCAGAAUGACCCACCAGGAUCUGAGCAUCACAGCCAAACUCAUCAAUGGAGGUGUAGCAGGGCUCGUGGGGGUGACCUGCGUGUUCCCCAUCGACUUGGCCAAGACUCGCCUGCAGAACCAGCAUGGGAAAGCCAUGUACAAAGGAAUGAUCGACUGCCUGAUGAAGACGGCUCGGGCGGAGGGCUUCUUCGGCAUGUACCGAGGGGCUGCAGUGAACCUCACUCUGGUCACUCCAGAGAAGGCCAUCAAGCUGGCGGCCAACGACUUUUUCCGGCAGCUGCUCAUGGAAGAUGGGAUGCAGCGGAACCUGAAGAUGGAGAUGCUCGCCGGGUGUGGGGCUGGGAUGUGUCAGGUGGUGGUGACCUGUCCCAUGGAAAUGCUCAAGAUUCAGCUGCAGGAUGCUGGACGCCUGGCCGUCCAUCAUCAGGGCUCGGCCUCAGCACCCUCCACCUCCAGGUCCUACACAACUGGUUCAGCUUCCACCCACAAGCGACCCUCUGCCACCCUCAUUGCCUGGGAGCUGCUCCGCACUCAGGGCCUGGCUGGGCUCUACAAGGGCCUGGGUGCCACUCUCCUCAGAGAUAUUCCCUUCUCCAUCAUCUACUUCCCACUGUUUGCCAACCUUAACAACCUGGGGUUCAACGAGCUCGCUGGUAAGGCGUCCUUUGCACAUUCCUUCGUGUCAGGCUGUGUGGCAGGUUCCGUAGCUGCGGUCGCAGUGACGCCUCUAGAUGUUUUGAAAACUCGAAUCCAAACCCUCAAGAAAGGCCUGGGUGAGGACAUGUACAGUGGGAUCACCGACUGUGCCAGGAAACUCUGGAUUCAGGAGGGACCAUCUGCCUUCAUGAAAGGCGCUGGCUGCCGGGCGCUGGUCAUAGCACCUCUCUUUGGGAUUGCUCAAGGGGUCUAUUUUAUUGGGAUUGGAGAGCGCAUCUUAAAGUGUUUUGAGUAGACAGAGCUGGAGGUCAGGUCCUUGCGCUCGCCGCCCUCUCUCUAGCCCAUCUGACUUAGCCUAGAGGGGGCAAGGGCAGGCGGGGCCACUCUGGCCUGCCUGGUCCUCCGCGUUGUAGUGCUACCUCAAUCUCGGGAGAAACAGCCCUAUAUUCUAACAACAAGUUGAGCACAGCCUUCUUCCCCUUUGUGUCUACGCUCAUUUUCCUUUGUGGGCACAGCUACCAGGGGCUUUCGGAAGCCCCUAACCACCUACUUUCCAACAAAAAUGGUACUUUCGUUGUAUUAAUUGCAGGACCUUAACAGGUAGUCACAAUAGAAGGGUUGUUUCUACAUUUUAACAUUUCUAUUUCACAAACUCCUCGGCAUUCUUCAGUCAGCUUGAGGAUUUAGCAUUGUUAAUCUUGGACUCUAUAACUUAUGAGUCCUAGCACUGAUUUUGAGGAAAACAAAGAUCAGAAGUUCAAGGGACCGUGAAAGCCCUCAGAGUCAGCACCUAGUUUGAGACCAAGCACCCUUUCGAAUCCCUGGAUGGCUGAGGGGGCUGAGGCCGGCUCUGACUGGGCAGCCCAGCCCCUCCCCCAGAGCCCAGGCUCUUGCACAUCCCUCCCUGUAACCGAGGAACACUUUGAAAUAAAGGUGAACGGUUAAAAUCA